UAAUUUUGUUUAUAAAGAGAAAAACGAAAAAGCAACAAAAUGUUGACAUCUAUGGUAAAGGAACAUCACGCAAAGCAAUCGAAGCGCAAGCAGGAGCAAGAAGUGAGACGCAAAGAAGCCAUUGAGUCAUCUAACGAACUAACCCAGUCCCUGGUUGAUCAUCUGAAUGUGGGAGUGGCACAAGCAUACUUAAAUCAGAAGCGUUUGGAUGCCGAGGCCAAGCAAUUACACGUAGGUGCCACCAACUUUGCUAAACAGACACACCAAUGGCUGCAAUUGAUAGACAACUUCAGCAGCGCUCUCAAGGAACUUGGUGACGUUGAAAACUGGGCUCGCAGCAUCGAGGGCGACAUGCAAGUCAUCCAGCAAAGUCUGGAGCUGGCAUACAAGGCAUCUCGAGCUACACAAGCCACAACAAGCAGUGCCUCAACGUCGGCAGUUGCUUCCACAAGCGCGGCCGCUAAUCCAAAUUAAAUGCUUUUCUAUGCACUACGUUAGUUUAUAAAUAUUAUAUUAUUAACUAUAAACAAUAAAUGUUUGUAAUAACUUG